AUUAGAGGUUUUAAUCCAUGUUCUGGUUAGUUAAUCUCCACACAAUCAGACAGAUGUAACAAGCUGUUAACAGAUAGAUAAGGUACAUUGUAUGCAGGAGCAUUUUUUGUAGCUGUGGCUCCGAAACAGCAAUGAGAUUCCACCCAAGCCGCGCUGUGUAUUUCUGUGUGUUCCUUUUGGCAUUUCUUCUUCUGUGCGUCACUUUCUACAAAGGAACAAAGAAGAAAGAAACAGCUGGAGUUCAAUCAUUAUAUAUAACCAAGAAAAACACAGAAACAAGGAUUGUGGAAACUUUUAUAGAACAACAAAAUAUAUUUCCAAUAUCAGGCACUUAUAGCGAUAUUGAUAAUCUCAAAGAUAAUUUUAUAUUGAAGUCAAGAACGAAGUCCAAAUAUAUUGGAAAUGCCUAUAUGAUGCACCCUAACAUUCAAAGAGAACAAAGGCUAGCCAUGUCUUUUGAUUCUAUCAUUAAGAAAGAUAUGGUCUGGAACGAAAUUGGAAAUGUGCUUAAGAUUGGCAAGGUUCCUAAUUUUGAAGAUCCUAAUUAUUUAAAUCAAGAAAGAGCGCUAGUGAGAAGACUUGAUCCUAAUUUAGGUAUUAUAAAUAAAGAGAGGAAGAAUGAAACUUACGUCAAAUUGAGAGACCCGGAUGUAAGAAACGUCAAUAAUUAUGGUGAAGCCUAUUUGAGAAAUGGACGUCAGAGCAAUAUCUUUCCGAACAACAAUGCUUUUCGAUUUCCUAUCAAAAUUGAAACAAAAUACCAAAAUAUCAAACCAAAUCCAAAUCCGAAUCAACAAUCUUAUAGCCAAGGUUUUGAACCAAACUUUGCUCAAGAGAGAGUUCAGUAUAUGGAACAGGCACAGGCUCAUGGUAUUCCUAUACAUAGUGUUAAAAACAUCGCAGGGCUGAAAUAUGAAAGCAUUAAAGUCCCAUUUAAUUCACUGAGCAGUAGAUAUAAACCAGAAAUCAGCAACAAAAACAUUCAAAAUUUUGGACUUGCGAUUCAAGGGCAAGUAAAGGUCCCCAUGCGGAAUUACGGUAAUAUGGGCAUGGCAAGUAAGAAACAGAUUCAGAACUCUGCGUCAGUCUCUGUAAAACCGAACAAGCAUGUGAUUGAAAUUUUUCCAAGGAAAAAUGAACCAAUCAGAAUACCUAUAUAUAUGGAUCACAAGGGGAACUUUUCCUACCAUCAUGUUAAUUUAAUGUGGGAGGAUGGUCAGAGAAACCCCGUCAUUCCUCUGAUACUUAAACAGAAUGAUGUGACGAAAUUAAUGCAACAAAAUAAAGAUGACGUCAAGUAUACUUUGAUAAUGACUUAUAUGAGAAGUGGUUCCACAAUUACGUCAGAGCUUUUGAAAACCAACGAUACUUUCUUUUUCUUUGAGCCAUUUCAGGGACUUUACAGGGAUCACAGAACAAAUCAACACGUCUGUUACCCCCAUGGAUACUGCAGAAAACCAGAAGGAUUUUGGGAAACCAUAGAGGGUUCGGUUCGCAUAAUCAAGAAUCUUUUUACAUGUAAAUUCAUGGACAUACCUGUGGGUGCCAUCGAACCUUUUAGAAUAUUUUCACCAAGUAGCUAUCAAAAAGAAUUUAGAGACUGUUUUCCUGUGAAAAAGAUAGACUGGGACAAAAGACAUUUCACUUUGUUUGAAUAUCCAGAAAAUUAUAACAAAACGUGCAUACAAUCUCUUCAAGUUAAAUGCUUAGGUGCAAAGCAUCGUCUUAUAAAGACUAUACGAAUGCCAGCAACUUUUGCUGAAAGUUUUCUUGCAAACAUUCCAAAUCUGAAAAUUGUUCACCUUGUCAGAGAUCCCAGAGGAGUUAUGAACUCAAGAGUACAAAUACAUUUAGUGAAAUACGAUGAGAAAGAAAUUGGAAUCGUUUCAAAUCAUUUAUGCAGUAGAAUCUGGCUAGACAUACAAGCAUUCAAAAGACUACAAAGGAGUUACCCAACUCAAAUUAUCCCAUUCACCUAUGACUGUCUUGCCUUAUAUCCAGAGGAUGUAGCCAGGAUGCUUUACAAAUCAUUAGACUUAGUCUAUACGCCAGAGAAAAAUGCCUGGGUAGAUAUGGCGUUUAGGAAUAAUUUUGAACAAUCGUUUGAGCUUUUUAAACACGGGCAAUCUUCAAGUCUAGCACAGAAAUGGCGGAUCAGUAUCCCUCAGAAAGCGAACGAAAAAGUGAAUAAAAUGUGCGGAAAAGUUUUGGAGGAAUUAGGACUGAGAAGAUUUACAAGUCCAGUGGAUAUGAGAAAUUUAAAAAAUCCGGUUUUUAUUGAUAGUAGAGAAGCUUGUCUCAAUAGGUGAUGUUGUUAAAGGUCAAGUACAUUAAAAAAAAAUAAAACUCGAAUUCAAUAGUCUGUUAACAGUUUAGAGUUUACCAAAAACAUUAUGAUUAAUAAA